CCCAAGAUGGCGGAGCCGCCCAGUCCCGGUCGUGGCGCGGCGCCUCCCGAGCAGGAGCUGCUCGGCGCCAGGACGGCCCCGGACGCGAAAGGUUCCCGCGGAUCCCAGCCAGCCGCCAAGAAGGUGAAGGGAGCCGAGGAGCGGAGCCUGAAGGGCGCUAAGCGUGUCAACGGUGAAGGGGGCGGCGGUGGCGGGAGCUCCAAGCAGUCGCUGCCCGCGGUCGUGCCCAGCUACAGCGGCCCCGGGCCGUGGGGCUUCGCCACGCUGCCCUCGGGCCCCUCGGCGGGCGCGGGGGGCUUUGCGUUCCCUUCCCCGCUGUCCCGGAAGCUGCUGCCGCCCGCGGUGCUGCUGCCGCCGUCCGCCUCCCCCUCCUCGAGUCUGCAGUCAGACAACCUUUUUGCUUUUGGUGCAGUGGAAAAGGAGCAGCAGUGUGGAAUUGAUGGUAUUGAUCGUUCUUCUCUCCUAGCAUUCAGAACUGAUAAACGUGCUGGUGUUGCACCUGCCAGAAGGAAAAUUGUGCUGGUGGGGAGACUAGAGGUGUAG